UAUGCCCCUGUGCUCACAAAUAAGUACCUCAGCACAUCCCUUGCCCCGCAAAUCCUACCUCAUCCCCUUGGCGAAGCGACCUGAAGCCCACCAUGGACCAACUCCAAGAUAUCCCGCAGACGCGCAUCCUCCUCCUCGCAGCAACAGCCCUCCUAACUAGCAUCCUUCUCAUCAGACGCCUCCACCGCGCCUACCACCACCGCCAAUUCGCGCGACGCCACAACUGCAAACCAAUCACGCACUACAACAACAAAGAUCCAAUCCUCGGCCUCGACGAAGUCUACCGGGGGAUCACCUCGGCACGCGCCCACAAAGCCCUGGAAACCCUAGCCCAGCGCUUCGAGCAGCACAAAGCAACCACAUACGCGUCGAAGCGGCUCUGGCGGUACAACAUCGUCACCAUCGAGCCCGAAAACAUCAAAACCAUUCUGUCAACAAACUUCAAAGACUACGGCCUGGGCCACCGGCUCCCGAUCUUCAAACCCCUGCUCGGCGAGGGGAUCUUCGACACCGACGGAGCGCACUGGGCGGCGUCGCGCGCGCUCAUCCGGCCCAACUUCACCCGCGACCAGGUCGUCGCUGAUCUCGCUUCGUUCGAGGACCGGGUCCCCGACCUCCUGGCGUUGAUCCCGCGCGACGGCGUGACGGAGGUCGACCUCCAGGAUAUUUUCUUCCGGUAUACGAUUGACUCCGCCACGGCGUUUCUGUUCGGGCAGUCGGUGGGGAGCUUGAGGAUGAGGCCUUCCGAGUUGGGUUUUGCGGACGCGUUUAAUUAUGCCCAGGGCGCUAUGAUGGUGCGCAUGUUGCUUGGUCCGCUGGGCUGCUUUUAUCGGAAUAGCAGGGCGGAGAGGUGUAAUCGUCUCUGUAGGGAGUUUGCGCGUCCGUUUGUUGAUGAGGCGGUUGCGAUUGCGAGGGCGGGUAAGAGCGCGGGUGCUGCGGAGGGGGGCAGGUAUGUGUUUUCGCACGAGUUGGCGUCGCGGACGGAUGAUAAGGGGCGGAUUCUUGAUGAGUUGAUGAAUGUGUUGCUGGCUGGGAGAGAUACCACCGCCAGUCUGCUGAGCAAUAUGUUCUUCAUGCUGGCGAAGCAUCCCGCGGUUUGGGCGCGGUUGCGCGAGGAGGCCAACGCGUUCGGGGGCCGUGUGCCCACGUAUACGGAGCUGCGGGGAAUGAAGUACUUGAAGUGUUGUAUUAAUGAAUCUCUGCGUCUGCAUCCUGUCGUACCGGUCAACGAUCGCAAAGCACUGCGUGAUACGGUGCUACCGGUCGGAGGCGGCGAGGAUGGUCUGUCGCCGGUGUUCGUGCCGAAGGGCACGCUGGUUGGGUAUAUUGUAUACGCGAUGCACCAACGCAAGGACUUCUACGGGCCGGACGCGGAUGUGUUCCGGCCGGAACGGUGGGAGGAUGGGAAGCUGCAGCCACGGUGGGAGUAUUUGCCGUUCAAUGGGGGCCCGCGAAUCUGCAUCGGGCAACAGUAUGCGUUGACGGAGGUUGCCUAUGUGACUGUGCGCCUGGCGCAGGAGUUUAAGGGGCUGGGGAGUCGCGAUCCAGGCCCGUGGGAAGAGUCGCUGACUUUGACUGUGUGCUCGAAGAAUGGCACGAGGGUCUGUUUGACACCGGCUUGA